AUGGCGCAAAAACGACUCAUGCAGGAGCUGAAGCCGCUCCAAAAAGAGCGAUGGGUCAAUAUUGAGACAGACGAGACAAACAUUCGCAAGUGGCGGAUGGGUCUCUGGGUAGUCAACCCAGACAGCGUUUGGCACGGAGCCUACCUCAAGGCCGAGAUGCGCUUCCCUGACGAUUACCCGUACCAGCCACCGACCUUCCGCUUUAAUACCCCCAAUAUAUGCCACCCGAACGUUUAUCCUGAUGGAACCUUAUGUAUCUCCAUUCUUCAUAAACCAGGCGAUGACGACCGCUCCGGAGAACUUGCCAGCGAGAGAUGGAACGUUCUUCAUGGCGUUGAGUCAGUGUUGCGUUCCGUUUUGCUUCUCAUGGACGACCCCGAGAUCAACUCGCCGGCAAACGUGGAUGCCAGUGUCCUCUACCGAGACCACCGCGACGAAUAUAACAAAUCUGCCAAGGCUCUGGUUGAACAAACGCAAAGCGACGUACCAGAAGGAAUAACUAUGCCGACCUCUGAGGAGCUCAUGCCGGCGCCUGUUAAGGUUGUCGAAGAGGAAGACGAUGAUUUCUGGAAUAUUUCAGACGAGGAUGAUGAUUUCGGCGGUAGCGAUAGCGAUGCUGGUAUGGACGACUUCGAAGACGACGAUGAUGACGACGAAGACACCAAAUAA